GCAACAUUAAUGACAUUAUACUUCUAUGUGAAUUAUUCCAUGACGACCAUGGCCAUGCGUGUCUUCUGGGAUAGAAAUAAUUUAACCACGAUUUUGAGCAGAAUAAAAUAGUGUUUUAUUAAUUAGAACGACUUUAUAUAUUUCAAAGUAGCGUCUCUAGCGUACUCCCUAAUAUUGACUGGACAACUAAAACUACCACAACUGUACCGUAACGUUAAGCCAAUAUGUAUGUAGCCUAGUUUUCUUAAGUCUUUGGUGCUUUUUUUAUGGCAGCGUUCCACUUGUCAAUAUCAACAAGGAUGCAAUAUGGCUAACAUUUUCCCAACGGUGAGUCAAUAUUUAUUUUACCCACUGGAAAUGUACUGACACUUGUCAGUAUUAAUACUAUCAUUUGGUUUUAGUAGUAUGUUCAAGACAAUACUGGCAAUGACAAUACUGACAAUAGUGACAAUAGGUUAGAAAAAUAGAAUAGUAGAAUAGUGCGUCAAUUUACGUUUUCCGAGACAGGGAUUUUUUACAUUUCAAACUAUUGUUGUUGAUUUGUAACUAUAUUAAGUAUACUAAAUCCAAAUUAAUGCUAAAAUGGGAUUUUAAGUUCUCUAGCUUUUUGUCUCUGUAUAAAAGUGUUGUUUUUUUUAAUUUAGUAAAUAGUAUAAUUAAUAGGGACGUUAAAAGUAAAAAAACAAAAAAACAACUAAUUUUAAUUAAUAAUUACAAAAUAACAAAUGAGGCAUACAAAACAGAUUAUUAAUGUUUUUUAAUUUUUUUUUUAAUUUUUAGGCCAAUGAUUGUUCUUCUAGAAUUCAGACAGUGUCAGUGUUAUACUAAUAUAAUUAAUUCAAAUAAAAAUUUAUAAAAAAAUAAACUUUAUUUAGUUUAGGUAUUUAGUAUUUAGCUUACUAGUAAACCGUUGAUUGAGUGCGUUGUCUGUCGACAGUCAGUGUCAGUGACUAUGAUUACACUUAAACUGACCGACGGCUGUGUUUACUGUUAAGUCAUGUAGUGGUCACUUCAGACAGAAAGUUUAGAAAGGUACUGAGGAGGUUUUACCAGUACUAAUACUGGUGACUAUUUUCGUUUGACUUUGGAUUGAAUGAGUCUUGAGUGAUAUUCAGUAUGAGUCAUGUCAGGGCCGACUUAAGAAUUAAGAGCAACAAUUGAGGGGAGUGGGGCUGAGUAAAGUAAUGCACCAAUGCCCCCCUGGUCCAAUCUAACCUAUUCAAAUAAUGUUAGAAAAUCUGUUUAGGUCUAGGUUGGCUCAUCAUGUGUUAUGACCAGUGUUCUUUCACAAAGACAAUUUCAUUUUUAAAAAAAAAAGGUUGUGGUUGGGGGGGGGGGGGGGGUUUUUGACUUUUGGGGGGGGGUAAGGGGCAAAAAAAAGGGGGGGGGGGGGGCUUUUGACUUUUGUAAGGGGGUUAAGGGCAUAUAAAUAUAAGCUCCAACAUUUUUAAUUUAAUGUCAUCAAGUUCCAGCUCUGAUUGACUCCCUCUCCCCUUUCAAUCCAUAAACAAAGUCAUAGAUUCAUUUCAGUUGAGGCACCCCUUUAUGCCUUUGGUCACAGUUUAGUUUCACCCCUGGAAUCUAUACAGUCAAAAUAUAUAGUCUAUAUAUACCAAACUAAAAGAAAUACAUACGUUUGUAAAUAAAUUAUUUGAAUUGGUAACAACCGGUACUUUUUUUUUUAAGAUGGGAACGUGUCGGUAUUAUCACUUUGAAAGGGGAUGGAGCAGAAAUGAAGGGUGCCAAAGCCUCCUUAUAUUAAUAGGAGAUGGGGUUGGGGGAAGGGCUCAUUGAGCCAUGCCCCAAAAAUGUUUAGAUGCAUUCUAAUAUCCCCAAUACUCCUGGAUUUUUAUUUAAAUAGACACAUUUUUCUUAAACUAGUAACCCAAAAAAUGGAAUUUAUUUGAAAAUUGAAAAACUUGUUCACUAAAAUUUGGGAAAUAUGCUUCUCAUGGCACUUUUAAAGCAAAUUAAACUUCAUAAAGAUCUUAAAAUACUCAUUAACAAUAUGGGCAACUUAGAAGAGUGAGUUUCCCUAGCUAGAAGCAUUAGACCCACAAGAAGCAUUAGACCCAGUAGAAGCAUGAAGCCCUGGGGCAACUUGCUAGAGUGCCCUUGCCUUAAGAGGCCACUGAGUAAUCUACAUCUAGCUACGCCUACAAAACAAAAUUAUUGAAUUUGAUUUUGAUUACUCAAUUAUACAUAUAGGUUGAAAACGAUAAUCAAUCUGAUUCAUAGUCAGGUUUUUUCAGGUUUUCCAAUACUUUGUUUCGCUCAUUUCCUGAUUCAUAGUCAUACCAAAUAGGAUUAGGACCAGUCGAGUGGUUAAUAAUAUGAAUAAUUAACAUCAGUCAUCAGUUUUGUGUAAGCUAAUGACUACAAUAUAAAUGAGAUACAGUAGAUAUAGCCUACUAACUAAGACAAAUAUGCAAUUUUAUGAUAUAUCAUCACUCAUUCACUGAUGAACAGGGGCAGGAGUAAAUAUUUUAUUAUCUGAAGUGGAUGGAAAUAUAAAUGAUGAAUUGCUAAUUAAAUAUAUUUAUAGGCCCCAACAAUAGUAACAAAUAAUAGUCAACAUGUACUAAUGUUGCUUAAAACUGAAUGUUUUUGAACCAGUUAUAUUAAUUGCUAAUUUUAGGCCAAGGUUGUAAAAAAUAAAGGUAAAUAAUAAAUUUUUGGGAUUGGAACUAAUACAUACUUAGCAGACGUAUACUAAAUAGGCUACUUAUCCUAAUGAUCUAGCAUUUACAUUUAUUUAGAAAUAGCAUACUUAUCCCUUAAUUAGUUAGCAGAAGGUGAGUAGCAUGUGUUUAAUUUUGUGGAGGAGGCACCAAGCUAUCCAUGUUUUUAUUGAUAAUAUUUAGGGUGGUGGGCAUCCAGUCAAAUAGUGGAAUAACAAUUCAGUAAUUGUAAUAGACUCUUGGAACUUCUUUAAAUUUAAGAGGUGUGCUUAACCUAAAUGCUUCAAAUGGUGGUAACAUAAAGCUAAUCCCCUAAGGCCCUUUUAAGCAAUGUUAAACAUGUCUAAUAUUGAUCAGAAGAAAAUUAAAUAACUGUUCUUGGGUGGGACCAGGGGUCGGCAACCUUUUUUGUGUUAAGAGAAAGCCAUUGUUAUAAAUAACUGGCAGCCAUACAUCAUUAAAGAUAAGUAAAAAAAAAAGCCACAUCUUUCCUAAACCGUGGGCUGUUGACCUCUGGGUUAGACAAAUAAAUAUAUUUAAUAAUUUUGAAAAAAUAAUCAACUGAAUCAAGGGCUCUAAGUGAUAAUUAUGAAUUAUUUGGGAACAAAUAGUAUUGGGUCACAAUAUUUGUCUGAAAUUGUGAGAAUUCAAAUAAAAGAUCUGAGGCAGUGUAAAGGGUAAAGAAAGAUCUGAAGGAGUGUAAAGGGUAAAAAAAGAUCUGAAGGAGUGUAAAGGGUAAAGAAAGAUCUGAAGGAGUGUAAAGGGUAAAGAAAGAUCUGAAGGAGUGUAAAGGGUAAAAAAAGAUCUGAAGGAGUGUAAAGGGUAAAGAAAGAUCUGAAGGAGUGUAAAGGGUAAAGAAAGAUCUGAAGGAGUGUAAAAGGAGAAAGUUUAAACAAAAAAAAUUAAUAUAUCAAUUUGUGUAAUUUUUUGCUACAGAAUUAGAUUCAAAAGAAAAAGAUUACUAACGUUAUUUAACUUUUAAUGUUUGACAUAAGAAAAAAAUUACUGGAUGCAUUUAUCGGAAUAUUAAAAAUGGUUGAAUUAUUUCUCAUUAUUCCAUCUAUUGUAGAAACAAUGAGUACCAGCAGUCUGGGACUUCCGUCUUACAGAAGUGCUGGGACUUCAUCCAGCUGCAGUAAUGAAAAUCCAUUUUCUUUCUCGCAAUCCAUGGAAGGCUAUGAUUUUGAGUUUGUUCCCCCAGUAGAACAACGGUACGAAUGUCCCAUAUGUUUACUCAUACUCAGAGAGCCCAGGCAGACCAAGUGUGGACACAGAUUCUGCAGGGACUGCAUAUUUCGAUGGCUGCGGUAAGAAUUUUAUGUUGAGCGUGCAAUAGAGCUUUCACCUCUGAUAGAGUUAGUUUGCUUAAAUAUUUGUGCUUUAUUUAAAUCAAGACAAAAUAUUGAAAACUUUUAUUCUUCUUAUAUUAGCUUUGAAAACAGUGUGUCUGCUGAAAGAUGAUAAGACUCUGAUUGGGUACUAAGUUAUUCCCUGGUACAUAACAGUGUUACAUGGGAGAAAAUGAUUGGUCAACACUUUGACUGAAUGACAGCACUCACGACCCAUAUUCCCCCAAAUCUUUUUUAUGACUGCUGGAUACUUAAUGGAUGGUGAAAACUAAAAUAAUUUAUUGUUUCUUCAAGUUUAAUUUUUUAACUUGUAGGAAAUUGUAUUUUCCACAAUGUAACAAACCUCCCGCGGUAGGUAAGUCAACUGCAGAGAUGUUUGAUAGGCUCUCUAUGUUGUCUAGGUGAAGAACUCUGUCUAUUGAAACUCUAGGGUAUUACCUCGCCUUAUUCUAUUGCCCACACUUGAUACCAACAAGAAGAACAAUGCUCAAUGAAUAUAAGGAUAACACUUCUUGAUUGACAUGAUCAUAUCAUAGCAGCUACUAGUCCAUAAAGCUGUAAUAUAAAAAUUCUACACCACACAUAACACAGAUAAAAUAAAUUCAGAAAGGAAUAUUUAAAUUAUUUACUAUUAUAUGUCAUAUUCAUAUAUGUUACCAGAGACUCAUGCACACGCUGUCCUGUGGACAAUGAACCUCUCGUAGAGAAUGAUGUGUUCCCUGACAAUUUUGCCAAAAGGGAGAUUCUUAACUUUAACAUCAGAUGUCCCAACAAGAAGGAUGGCUGUGAUAAAAUCAUUGCACUUGGCAAACUGCAGGUUUGUUUUAAAAAAUGAGAAGGACCUUGAUAUUUUUUGUCUUAUUUUUAAAAAAAAAUGUCAAGCUAGGAAAAAAUAAUAAUACUCAUUAAGGUUACUCAAAUGAUGUAUGCAUGAUAUUUGAUCUCAUUCCUCCGGAUAGAUACAUUAUAUUCUUAAGUUUGCUUCGUUGCCAUUCUUAAAAUAAUUUUUUUUUCCCACGUUUAAUUUCUUUCUUUAUUUUAUGAUGAAUGUAGUUUUUUAAUUUCCAAUGGUAAUGCUCCUUAAAUGAAGAGAAAAAAACAAAAACUUUUUAUGAAAUGGGUUGAUUGGUCUAAACUUACAUAUCGAUAUAACUGGGGAUGGGUCAGUUACAGAAUAAGACUUGUACAGCCUAUCAUCCCAUGGGAGAACUCACACAACUCACACACACUUCCCCCAAAAUUUGAGGCCACCAAGCUUUUUUUUAUCACUCCAAUUUUUUAUUACUGUCGAAAAUAUUUAAUUAUCAUUACAUGCGCCAUCAACCAUCAAACGAUAACAUUUUAUUUUAACCAGCCAUACUCUCGUUUAUUGUAGAUUUUUAAACAAUGAUUAUUAUCAAAAAUGAUGUUUCUCAACAGGUUCAUCUAGAGGUAUGUCCCCAUGCUCUGGUACCUUGUCCGUUCAAGUGCGCUUCAAUUCUACACCGCUGUGACCUAGAUGAGCAUAUGGAGAAACAGUGUGAAUUGCGCACACUCUGUUGUGACAAGUGCAUGGCCAGUGUCAAGGCCAACGUUAUGGAGGUUAGCUAGUUUUCGCUUACGCUCCCCAUCAGCAACAAAUGCAAUUUCUCAUGGAGCUUAUUUAAUUAAUCUAAAUACUCUUCUGCGAUUACCCUGCAUCGUAUGAAAUAAAAUUUUAAAAAACAAAAUUGCUUAUACUUCAAUUUUGGAGCUGAACGGAAAAAAAUAAUUUGGAGCUGACCAAAAAAAAAUUGGGGAUGCAAGCAUAGGUGAAAAUUCUGUUGAGUUCUUAUUAGAGGAACAGAGUCUGAGCUCAAUAUUUUGAAAAUAAGUAUUUUCUGCACAGACUUCCUUUGUGUAAUGCAUUUUAAGAAACUGUAAAUUAUUUUCUACUUUUUAUCACGGGUUAAUUUGCCUUUGAUAGAAAGUUUUUUGUUUUUUAAAGUUUAAAUUUUAAACAAAUUAUAUUCUUCUUCUUAGUAUUAAAAUAGUAAUCUUUAAAUUAUGGACACAAGUAGAAUUGUUUACUUUUAAAAAAAUCAAAUGCUUACAAAAUCCCGGUGAAGUGGACUUAACACUUUACCUAGGCAUAAAACUAAAAAGUAGAUCUGAGCUCACCACCCAGUCGUUCACUUAAUGAAGCAGUUGCGGUCAACCACUAUAAUUGGAAUGUCAGUUUUAACCCGUCUCGGCUGACCCAGUAUAAUUUCAAGUUGUUCACCAGGUGAACACUGCAGGAGAAAUCUUAAAAUGUGUAAAAAUGCUCCACACACAUGUUGGAAAAAUGCGAGUAGAGAAAAAGUCUUUAAAACAUAUUUAUAACUAUAAUGAUUUUGCCGAAAAAGUUCUGAUGACUUGUCUGUUCACUUGUGCUUCAAUUUGACGCUGCUUUGACUUUGAUGUGUUAUUUUAUUUUUAAUUUUAAAAAUAAAAUUCAUUGAUAUUGUAGUCAUGUGCAUAGUACACUAAAGUGAGAAAUGUUAAAAAUAUUAUGUAGUUUCUUCAUUACGCAAACUGCUAGGUAAAGUUGUUGCAUUAUUGUUCUGUAAAGUUGUUGCAUUAUUGUUCUGUAAAGUUGUUGCAUCACUGCUGUUACUUUACAGAGCCAUCAGAUUCUAUGCCCUAAAGCGAUUGUGCUAUGUCCUUACUGUGGUCAGGAAACAGCUAAAGACCAGGUCAGUGCUUCCAAGUAUCAAAUUCUAUUCUCCAUUUUCUAUCUGGACCUUUCUUUCGACUUGUUAGAUUACUACUGCCUCCAUUAAUUUAAUGGACUUUUCUUACUUUUAUCACAAAAUGUUCUAGUGGCAAGUUUUUUCAGGAAUACAAAAUAUCUGACAGUGCUUAGUAAAAACUUAACAAUUUUCUAUGAAACUUCAAAACUACAAUGAGGCCUCGGAAUCCAAACUUAAUCCAUUCCAGAACCCCCAUUCGACUUCCAUGGGUUGAGUUCCUAGACGAUUUUUUUUUUCUAGAAGUAAUAGAAACUGGAUUAAUCCAUAAGAACUAUAAACUCUAUGGAUGCCAGUAAUUUUCUUCGAGUUCUCAAACCACUUCCUACUGGCUUUCAAUGCCUCCUUUUGACCUCUAGUGUCAGAAAUGCCUUUCACUAAAUCAGCGUUUCUAACAUGAUAUCGUCUUAGAAAUGACAUCACCAGCCAGCUGUUUUUCAUUAAUCCCAGCUAAGACUAAGAGGAGUUCUCUUUCCCAUCUCAUUCAUACUUUACGAUCUCCUAGUGGUCAGUGUCACCACACUCUUUUGCCACAUCAGCUGCUUUGUGGACUCUUUUUAUUUUUCAAUAUGUACAAUCGAUUUAGGCGUCCCAAACAUAGUAGCGGGAUAGCUGCACCUCACACAUGUACCGAUUUCAUGCUUGGUGAUAAGAUCUUUCUUAACUUCAAGUUUAGAUGUGACAGCCAUCAUCUUACUCUUAUUUUCCUCACCCGGGUGGGUGGGACUUGUUAACCUUGGAAGGAAACUCAUCCAAGAGAAUGCAAACUCGGCAAUGAAACCCAUAGAUGGAGUCCCAUAGGCAAUAUGACAUGAUGAAAAUUCAGACAACUCCUACGAUGUAUAACACUUAAAGAGCACAGUGAAAUACGCAAGACACACUGCUUGUCAUCUUACUACUUGGAUCAAAUAGGGAAGGAUGAGAGAGUGAGGCUGAUGAAUUGAGCGACUUUUUUCAACUUAAACAAAAUACGGCUCAAGUCAAGGCUACCACUCAAGCCAAGGCUACUUCUCAAGUCGAGGCUACUACUCAACUCAAGGCUACUACUCAAGCCGAGGCUACUACUCAAGUCGAGGCUACUACUCAAGCCAAGGCUACAACUCAAGUCAAGGCUACUAAUCAAGUCAAAGCUACUACUCAAGCCUUAGUCAUCUUCUUGUGUGAAGGAUAUACAAUAAUAACUUAAUUGACUACACUUUUUAUGAUCCCUGGGGAAUACACUAAGCUUUACACAUCCCCGGGUGGAUGGGACUUGUCAACCUUGGAUGGCAACUCAUCUAAGAGAAGGAAACUCUAAAAUCAAACCCGGAGAUGGAGUCACGAAAGGCGGAUAACAUUGGUACAAUGAAACAUUCCGACAACUCCUGCGACGUCACUGGUGCCAAGCGGUAUCAUCCAAUUGAUGUUCCCUUGGUUUCUCCAGCGGUGUGGAGAGAGGCGAUUUGCUGUUGGGAACCAGCUUAUAAUCCUUCAAGAAUAAUCCCAGGCCUUGUGGAUUUCGGCCCCCUAAGCCUACACCAUCUUCACUUUGUGACGGAUGGAUGCCAGCAACACUAAGCUUUUAUUAUAUUUUUCAAAAAUAACACAAAAAAAGGGAACAAGCCAUAAAAAUGGCAGCAAAAAUGAAAUGAGAUGGAUUCACAGCCGUUUCUGAUAACAAACUGAACAGGAAAUUUGUGAGCACAAUAAAAAACCAAAAACCAAAGAAUGUGCUGGGCAGUUGGAUUCCAAAGCAGCAUCCAGAUUUUGAGCAAAAAUUUUCUUGAGAUUUUUGUUCAGAUUCUAAGUUCUUUGAGUGCUUUGGUGUUCAGAUUCUAAGUUCUUAGAAUGCUCUGGUGUUCAGAUUCUAAGUUCUUUGAGUGCUCUGGUGUUCAGAUUCUAAGUUCUUUGAGUGCUUUGGUGUUCAGAUUCUAAGUUCUUAGAAUGCUCUGGUGUUCAGAUUCUAAGUUCUUUGAAUGCUCUGGUGUUCAGAUUCCAAGUUCUUUGAGUGCUUUGGUGUUCAGAUUCUAAGCUCUUAGAAUGCUCUGGUGUUCAGAUUCUAAGUUCUUUGAAUGCUCUGGUGUUCAGAUUCUAAGUUCUUUGAGUGCCUUGGUGUUCAGAUUCUAAGCUCUUAGAAUGCUCUGGUGUUCAGAUUCUAAGUUCUUUGAGUGCUCUGGUGUUCAGAUUCUAAGUUCUUUGAGUGCUCUGGUGUUCAGAUUCUAAGUUCUUUGAGUGCUCUGGUGUUCAGAUUCUAAGUUCUUUGAGUGCUCUGGUGUUCAGAUUCUAAGUUCUUUGAGUGCUCUGGUGUUCAGAUUCUAAGUUCUUUGAGUGCUCUGGUGUUCAGAUUCUAAGUUCUUUGAGUGCUCUGGUGUUCAGAUUCGGAGGCUUCACUGUAUGUCUUAUAUUUUCCAGCCUAAUUUGCUAACUGUUUUUAAUGUCAUUAAAAAGUAUCCGAGCACAGCAUGGGUUCAUUGAAGCACCUUUAUUGGUGCCAAAAAUAAGCAAAGUGUAAAUAAAUAUGUUUGAAUUCAUUGACUACCGUCACGUAACUGUCGUAAUUAUCAUGAUUUUUUUUUUCCUUUGUAUCGCUGGACUCUGAUUUAUUUUACACUCUGUUAAGUCACCAAAAAUGAAAUAAAUUGAUGGAUUGAUUCCUCUCUAAAAUUUUUUUUUUUUGCUUCUCCAAAUCUUCUUUGAUUUAGCUAAAUGCUCAUAAGCAGACUGAUUGCCAAAACAUCCAAAUCCAGUGUCCAUUUUAUCCAUUCGGAUGUGACCACACUGUAAGUAAAUAACAACCUCCUCUUCAUAAAAGUUUAUUACUAACAGUACUGUUAGAUGGGGUGGGGGUUCCUCAAUGUUGUCGCGCUUCUAGUGUGGUAGGGUAAAAUUUGAAUUAUUCACACAUUUUUGAAAAGGGUGUCAAACGUUAUCUGACACUCGGUGACAAUGCCCCAAAAUAGCCUGACAUCAUUUUUAAGAGACCUAUGGCCCCAGCCACAGAUGAAGCCCUGGAGGUGUCUUACAGCUUUUAAAUAAUUUAAACAUUCAUUUCAAGAUGUGUUAAGUUUUGAAAAAAAGAGACAGCCCAAUGAAUAACCCUCUGGCUCUAAAAGUUAAUUAAAAUGACUACAAGACUGGAGUUAUUAAGCUUUAAAGCCCCCAUUGUUUUGUGUGUUGUGUUUUUGUUUCAUCUUAACAGCUUAAAUUUUUAACCUAUUCAAUAUUACAUAUCAUUUUUAUUUUCCAAGUUAGAAUAUUUAGGACGUUAGAUUUUCAGUAAUUUUUGUGUGCUUUUUUGUGUGUUCUUAUGAUGCAAAUUAAAUAGUCAUGCGUUGAAAAUAUAUUAGUCUCACGUCACAUUAUCAAAAGGUGAUUAUUUUAGCCGUUGCCCAGUGACGGUAAGAAUUUCAGCACAAAAAAAAAAAAUGUGCUCAUUUAUAUAACAUCUAGAUUUAAAAUUUUGACCGAUUUAAUUCCAGAUGAUAAGGAGUAAGGAGAACGAACAUUUACAAGCUCAUGUACCUGCACACAUGAAACAGCUGUGCUGCGCCGUCACCAGUAUCGCACACCAGCUUGGCAUGCCAAGAAUCAACGUAGAAAAACAGAGCUCUUCCCCGCAGGAGGGUUUGACGGGAACCAUGAACACCCUGCUUCAAUUGUUUCACACCGGCUCCAACUCUGGGGCACUUGGCUUCUCAGAGGCCGCGCAAGAGCCCGGCAUCUCUUCUUCGGACGGCUCCCGUGCGACCCAUCAGCAGAUGGAACUUGCCUCAGGGCACAGGGGGAGAGGGCCAAGUCCUCACAGAAGUGAAGCAACAGUGCUUGAAGAAUAUAUUGAUGGAGACCAUCGAAUCUCCACAACAAUGUAUCCCUCUAGUCUUCCAUUGGAUCAAAAUGUGGCCGGCAAUAAUUCCAACUUUGUGCCUUUCCACUUCAGUGACCCGGGCGCUGGCCCACUUCUAAACUCUGUUCCUUCCUCGACCACCCGAACUAAAAAUCCUGUGUGUAGACUCAGCUACCAGUCCCACGCCACAUUGACCGGAGACUCCGCCAAUUGCCAAAUGAGGGAGUUUUAUCAGGAAGAUGAACUGUCGGGGUCAUCCAUGCUUUCUCAGGUCGUAAAACUAGUUCACGAACUCAGCUUAAGUUUUGAAGAAAAAACGGCUAUUCAGCAGCAACACAUUAAUGAGCUUCAACAGACGGUUGCCAACGUCCAGAAAAUCAACUCGGAUCUUGCAGGCAAAGUCAGAGAGUUGGAAUCACAGCUUCAGGACAAGGAAGGUAGGUUCUGCAAUGGGGUUUUGUACUGGAAAAUCCAAGAGUUCAGUCAGUACCAGAUGAAAGCCGUCUCGGGUGAGCCCAGCAUGCUGCACAGUCCCCCUUUCUACACCAGCCCGUGGGGCUACAAGAUGUGCAUCCGCGCCAACAUCACCACCAACAGCCCCGACGAUCCGGGCUACUAUCUGUCUCUCUUUGUCCAUUUUAUGCAGGGUCAUAAUGACACGUACCUGUCAUGGCCGUUUUCGGGUAAAAUUGUUUUGAGCAUCAUAGAUCAAAACCCAGACCAGACCAGCUGUAAUCACAUUACAGAGACUUUAAUUGCAAAACCCCACCUUGCGGCUUUUCAAAGGCCAACCACCCAUCGCAAUCACAAGGGUUUUGGCUACAUUGAGUUCCUGUCCUUGGGGUCUCUGAGGACACGCAACUACCUGAAAGACGACACAGUUGUAAUAAGGGCUGAAGUCACUCAAGACUGAUCCCCGCUCCCUUGUCUUUCCCACAAGUAGCAAGGACCCGAAAAUGAUUCAUUCAUUCGUUCAUCACACAUUAGAUAAAAACUUGAAAAAUACCUCGCUAAUCAAAGUACGAUAGCAAUGAUUCAAAUAUUUAUACACAUCAUUUGGAAUAUUUUAGGAAGUAAAUCCAUUGGUACGGCAUUAAUAUAUAUAUAUUUUUAGAUGAAUGUGGUAGAGUUUUUGUGUGUGUGUGUGUGUAUCUUGAUAUAACUUUCUGUAGUGUCAGGAUCAUAAAGUGCAAUACUCUUUGGUUCGAGAUUCAAUCUCUUAGGACCCUGGCCAUGGAACACGGUUUAGAGUAGGAGUUUGGGCAGAUAGCUUCCGAUCAUUGAGGAGGAGACUUUGCGUUGCCUUCCCCCUUGCCCAUUGAGUCAUUCGGACGGGACGUUUGGUUGGUCGGCUUGGCUUCCUCUCCGGAGAUGGUGUUGCGUUACCUCUCCCCACCGCCCAGGGAGUUGUACGGUCUGAAGUGCAAGUCGGCUUUUCUUCCUCUCCGGGGGAGGUCUUGAGCGUAACCUCCUCCCACCGUCUAAGGAGUUGUUCGCUCUAUGGGUUGGAACAGCUUUGCUUCCUCUCUGGGGGGAGGUGUUGCGUUACCUCUCCCCACCAUCCAGGGAGCAGUUCGGUCGGGACUAGCUCGGGAUGAAACGGUCACCUAGGAGCAGCUUUCUCAAGGUCGCAUGUUUUUAAUCCUGGACAAGGGUUUGCUUCCACCCAGGCCUCAUAUCCAUUAUCAGCAUCAUGUUAGCAGGCAACUCCCGUUGCGUUGGAAGUCAUGCGUUUGGCCGGGAUUUUUUAGCUUCAGGAGGAAACCUCCCUACUGGUCUGUCACGCCACGAAGAGGCGAAAUCCCAUGUAACACCACCGAGCAGUGAUGCUGAGCUUCGACCCCACAGUGCUCGGUCUCCACCCGAAGGGGUGUCAGGAUCAAAGAGUUCUAUUUCCUAACUGAGUGGUGAAGUGUUUCAUAGGCAUGGGUUCUUAUUGGUAUGGUAGAGACAAGUUUCUGUUGGAGUUGGAAAAUCCUCAUUGUCUGCCUUCCUGAAGGAGUUAUGUAAGAAACAUGGGAUUUUAAUACAUUUACUUUCAACACCUUCUCUUUUAGGAAUAGAUGUGUAAUGGAAGGAACAUUACACUGUCUAUUUAUUAAUAAUAGUUAAAAGAGUUGGAAAGUUCUUUUUUUUUCUUCUUUUCAAUACUUAUAUCUUUUUCUGAUUAAAUGUGACCAGAG